AUGGCUGUGGUACUGGAAGAGAAGACAAUUGCCGACCCGAAAUUCCUCCUCGAUGGCCCAGGAUGGCCAGAUCCUCUCAUCUGCGAGACUUGGGGCUACCGCGCCAGAACAGCCGCAGGCAAGCCAGGCAUCUCCGGGCUCUCAGACACACGCAACACCACGGCGCGGUCGCUCGACGCCAUCCUGCACGCAGUGCUCCACCUCUCAAUCACAGUCCUCAUCUCCUUCCGCCUCCUCCGCACCCGCAGGCUGCUCGAGGAAUCAAUGCAAGGCUCGAAAGACCGCGUGUACUCGAGGAUCAUUGCCAUCCUCGUCGAGUCGUGCGCCAUGGUCGCGAUCUUCGGCCUCGGGUUCGCGAUUUCCAACUUUAUUGUCCUCACGUGGACUGGCUUCCAGGCGUCGUGGAUUUUUGCGAUUGGGUAUGGUACGGCUGUGACUCUUCCCGUUCUUUUUCUUCUUGCGAAUCCCACCCAGGCAGAUGGUUGA